UUCUGGGUGAGAGUCAGAAUGGCGGGUGUACCUAAAUAAAAUUAAAUGAAAACCAUACCAUAUUUUUGUACCUAAUUUGUACUAUUUAGUACCUCCUUUAAAAAAAAUUGUACCUCACGGUACUUAAAGUUAUCACCAAAACACAGUACAUCCGCCAUCCUGACAGUCAGAAUGGCGUUAUUGAUAUAAAAGCCAAAUUUUUAUACCUUCAUAUUCAAUUAUAAUAUGAGCCAUUUUAUUUGUGGUUUCCAAGUUUUACUCAUUUAUAUUUUGCUUGCUAUUACACUUUUGCAGAUGUUAUAAUUUUUCAAGUUAGGGGUCAUCCAUUAAUUACGUCACACGAUUUUCGAGGUUUUUUGACCCCUCCCCCCUCUUUGUCACACUUGGUCACGUUUGGUAAACCCCUCCCCCCCUGGUGUGCCGUCCAAUUUUGGGCAAUUUUGUUUUCAACGAAAUCGGCAAUUCGUAUUAGGUAAUAUUAAUAUAUUAUCAAAAUAUUUUUUAUAAAAGAAAUAUUAGUAAUUUUAUAACACAAAACCGAUUAAGAAAGAGAAUUAAAUGAAUAAAAACUGUUAUCGUUCCAAAAACUCGGCAUUUAACUGUACAGCGAAUUAAUAAAAUUGAAUAAAUGUUCGGUUACUGAUGAAGUUAAUGUGACGUCACAAAGUAUGUGACUCCCCCCCUCACCCUUGUCACAACAUGUCACAUUUUCUUUACCCCCUCCCUCCCCCUAAACGUGUGGUGUAAUUAAUGGAUCUCAUCGAUCUCAUUUUUAAGAAGAAACGCUAAGGUACAAUUAUUUUUAUUACGCCAGGAAUUAGUACCUUUAAUUUGUUAAACUUGGAAACCACAAAUGAACUGACUCAUAAUAUGAUUGAAUAUGGAGGUACAUAAAAGGUACAAAAAUUUGGCUUUUAUGGAAUUUAUCAAUAACCACGGGAACAUAGCGUAAUGAAGUACACCCGCCAUUCUGACUGCCAGGAUGGCGGGUGUACUGGGGGCCUACCGCGAAAAUCGAAGUUCGCAAAUUGCGGGGAUCUUUCUCUUUUACUCUCACUAAGACGUAAUUAGGGUGAUAGAGAAAAUGCCCGCAAUUGACGAAUUUCGAUUUUCGCGGUUAUAACCCUGUUUUUUGAUGAUAACUUUAUGUACCGUGAGGUACAAUUUUUUUUAAUGGAGGUACUAAACAGUACAAAUUAGGUACAAAAAUAUGGUAUGCUUUUUAUUUAGGUACACCCGCCAUUCUGACUCUCACUGUUAACCUGUUAACCAAAGAUUAGUAUAAUAUAUAGGACAGCUAUAAUCUUGGAGGUUGGAGGAUUUAAAACCUCCUAGGCUAUAACCGUGAAUAUCGAAGUUCGAUGUGGGCAUUUUUCUCUGUCACUCUCAUUACGUCUUAGUAAGUAAGAGUAAAAGAGAAAGAUCUCCUUGAGCAUUUUAGUUUUCGCGGUCGGCCCCGUGAACGGAUAUAUUGUUUCAGCUACAAUUAAAAACGCCUGCUUCAAAGUUAUUAAAAAGCCGUUAUGAUGAACGGGUACGUGCAUUGCGGUAUGGUAUGUAUUAUCUGUACACACUUUAGCUUCUAAAACCGGGAAUUUCAAGUGUCUUGAAGCACAUGAGUAAUUAUUUUUGUUUAAUCAAAUAAUUAAUAAAAGAUAAUAUGUCACAUGGUUAUAUUCACGAAUAUUAUUAUCAACAUUGUAAUAAGUAGUGCUCAAAGUAAAUAAACUGUUUUGGGUGUGACAGUACUUGACAGAUAACCUAUUACGACCACAGUUUGGCCGCAAUUAUAAGACUUAACAUUGGAUAUUAUUGAAAAUAAGCAAUGCAACUUCAAGCUAGUGCGUUGCUUGAUAAGCUGAAGCAUUGCCAAAAGGCAUUAUCGUUUAGUGAGUUGCAGUUAACGACAUCUCAAAAGGUUGUAUUAUGGAGCCUAGGAGUAGUAGGCACAAGUGCUGUAGUUGUCGGGAUAUUGUCUCGGUACUUAGCAAGAAGGAGAGCCAAGCCCAUUCUGAACCCCCGGAUACAAAGGGCAAUAAACAAGAGAAUCUCUCGGAUGAGGAGUCCCAGUGGAGGAAUGGGAUCAGUUGCAAGUAGUGGAGGCCGUAGCAGUCCACUGGGUUUCAGUGAGCGACUCUCAUUAGCUUCAGGUUCUAUUGGAUCAGGAGGAGGAGAUGCCGCCCCACUUUCACCACAACAGCUUGGUGUUAUGGGUAUGGAGGCCUUGGAGACGAGUAUUAACUACUGGGAGGACGCGCUGGCGGCGUUCUCGCUGGGCGCUCGCGGCGGCGUGUCGGGCACGCUGGCGCUCACCUCGCCGGAGGAAGCGGAGUUUUGCCGAGAGAUCCAGGACCUGUUGCAAAACGCGUACUUAUUACAAGAGCGGUGCGAACUACUGUUCCUCGACCAACGCUCCGUCCUAUUCCGGUCGGAAAGCGGCGGCGGUGGUGGCGACGCGGGCUCGGGCGGCGCGGGGCGGCGCUCGCGGCUCCUGUCCACGCACACCGGCUCCUCGCACACGCGCCGUGAGCACCACUCCAGCGCAGAGUCCUUCGCGUCCGCGGAAGACCAGGUAGCGGAUUUAAGAGAAUUCGACGACCUGAAAGAUGACCUGCCAGAAGUAGAAAAUUUAGAAUUAUAUCAAUUAGGUGUGAAACAGUUAGAAAUCGGCAUUCCUUAUAGAACAUUGCGCACCGACGUGGUGCAAUGCGCCUCUGACUCGGAGUUCCUGUGCAAGCUGCACGCGCUGCGGUUGGCGCUGGCGGCCGUGUUCCGCGUGCCCGCCAACUGGGCGUGGUUCGUGGACGCCGGCCGCCAGGUGCUCACCGACCUGCUGCUCUACGCCGACAAGGAACCCAAAGAGUUUCUUGUUGCAUAUGAAGAAAUGGUUACGUGGACAUCAGAUCCUGCGAACUGGACCACAAUUGAAAGCGAACUUUCCAGUAAAGGAGUUAAGGUGCUGUCCUUCUACGACGUGGUGCUAGACUACAUCCUACUAGACGCUUUCGAAGACCUGGAGUCGCCGCCCUCGUCCGUACUGGCCGUCGUACGCAACCGGUGGCUUUCAGACGGAUUCAAAGAGAGCGCGCUAACGACGGCAGUGUGGUCAGUGAUCAAGGCGAAGCGGCGCUACCUGCAGUUCCCGGACGGGUUCAUGGCGCACUUCUACUCCAUCUCCGAGCACCUGCUGCCCGUGCUCGUGUGGGGCUUCCUCGGCCCGCACGAGCGGCUCAAGGAAGUGUGCCGCGCCUUCCAGGCGGAGAUCGUAGGUUUCAUCGCGGACCUGUUCAGCUUCCAGCGCUCGCGCUACACCGCCGUGGAGGAGCUGGCGGCCGACGUCAUGCGCCACGCGCGCCUGCGCGCCGCCGCCCUCACCGACACGCUGGCCGACCGCGGCUGAGCGCGUCGCCCUCACCGACACGCUGGCCGACCGCGGCUGAGCGCGUCGCCCUCACCGACACGCUGGCCGACCGCGGCUGAGCGCGUCGCCCUCACCGACACGCUGGCCGACCGCGGCUGAGCGCGUCGCCCUCACCGACACGCUGGCCGACCGCGGCUGAGCGCGUCGCCCUCACCGACACGCUGGCCGACCGCGGCUGAGGGCGCCGCCCUCACCGACACGCUGGCCGACCGCGGCUGAGCGCGUCGCCCUCACCGACAGGCUGGCCG